CUUCUCUCACUCUCUCAAGCUCACUUACUCUCAAAAAAUGGCAUUAUAUACUCAAAUCUUAAGGAUAAUCACGCAUAAGCCCAAAUCCAAAUAUUUUUCUUACAUUUCAGUCCCUCCCUUCUCUACCACAAAUACUGCUGCAACCUGUGUUUAUGAUCCUCCUCCGCCACAGCUUCCUCCAUUUGAUUAUAGUCCCAAGCCAUAUAAAGGUCCAAUGGUUGAUGAAAUUCUCAGCAAGCGAAACAAGUUUUUGGGUUCCACUCUUUUUCACUAUUAUGAAAAACCAUUGAAUCUUGUUGAAGGAAAGAUGCAGUAUUUGUUUGAUGAAAAUGGGAGAAGAUAUUUGGAUGCAUUUGGUGGAAUAGUGACUGUGUCAUGUGGGCAUUGUCAUCCUGAGGUUUUGAAGGCUAUAAUACAACAAAGCAAGCUUCUUCAGCAUACUAAUACUAUUUAUUUACAUCAUGCUGUUGCUGAUUAUGCUGAGGCUUUAGCUGCCAAGAUGCCUGCAAAUCUCAAGUCUGUGUUUUUUGUAAAUUCGGGGUCGGAAGCUUGUGAAUUAGCAACACUGAUGGCCAGACUCUACACCGGAAAUCUUCAAAUGAUCUCUAUGAGAAAUUCAUUUCACGGUGCAAGUUCUAGCACAGUUGGCCUUACUGCUUUAGGAAUGUGGAAAUUCCCAAUACCACAGGGGGACGUUCAUCAUGUUAUGAACCCGGAUCCAUAUCGAGGGGUCUUCGGUUCGGAUGCGUCUAAAUAUGUCAAAGAUGUGCAGGAUUACAUCGAUUAUGGGACUUCCGGAACAGUUGCUGGGUUUAUAGCCGAAUCGUUUCAGGUUGGAUUUGGAGGAGCAACAGAAGUGGCACCAGGAUACCUGAAAAUGGUUUAUGACAUUGUACGCAAUGCUGGUGGAGUUUGCAUUGCCGAUGAAGUUCAAACCGGAUUUGGCCGGCCAGGAACCCACUUUUGGGGUUUUGAGUCACAUGGGGUCAUUCCUGACAUAAUUACCUUGGCUAAGGGGAUUGGCAAUGGUUUACCGUUAGGAGCAGUGGUGACAACACCAGAAAUAGCAAAAGUGAUGUCCCAACAUGUUCAAUUUAAUACAUUUGCUGGAAAUCCUGUGUGCUCAGCCGGUGCUCAUGCUGUUCUCAGAGUCAUUCACCAAGAAAAGCUUCAACAAAAUUGCGCAAAAGUUGGUUCCCACCUGAUUAGCCGCUUGAAACAUCUUCAGCAGAAACACGAUAUCAUCGGAAAUGUGAGAGGGAGUGGCUUAAUGAUCGGCGUAGAGCUUGUGACGGACAGGCAAGCAAAGACCCCUGCUAAACAAGAAACUCUACAUCUGUUUGAGAAUCUUAGAGAGCUAGGUAUUUUAAUUGGGAGAGGAGGAAUACAUGCUAAUGUUUUUCGAAUAAAGCCACCAAUGUGUUUCACCAAAGAUGAUGCAGAUUUUCUUGUAGAUGCUAUGGACUAUGUUAUGUCAAAGGUGUGAAUUAUUGUAUCUGUUUGAAAUGAAUCUAUCAAAUAAUUAUGUUUCUGUUUCAUGGUCAUCUCCAAGGGGAACAUUGAAACUUGAUAAUCUGAGAUAAGUUUGUGACUUAUCUGCUGAUAUGAAUCUGGAACUGUGGAAGUCAAUAAUAAAGAUGAACCCCGAAAAGGGGAACAUUGAAACGAAAAA